AUGCAUUCUCAUGCUGGCUAUGUGUCCCCCAAGUUCUACGAGGAUAUGCAUUCUCGGGCUGACUACAUGUCCCCCGAGUUCUGCGAGGACGUGCAUUCUCGGGCAAACCACGUGUCCCCUGAGUUCUGCAAGGAUGGAACAUACUUGGUACUUGGAAUUGAUGGAAUAUUAGUGGAAUUGACGGAUUAUGAUUAG